GAGAGGGAAGGAAAAACGACAAGAGGGAGCUGACUCUGAUAGCGCUCCGCGACUCGUGAGGGAGCGCGAAUUUCUGCGAAGCUCUCUCUCUCCUCUCUGCGUCAUCGAGAUUCUAGAGAGAGAGAGGGAGGGAGGAAUGGAGCAUCUGCAAUGGCGGAUUCCUGCGAUGAUCCUGCUGGCUUCCUUCGCCGCCUAUCUCUACGUGAAGGAGCCGUCGAAGGUUCCUCGCGAUGAUUGCAGCCUUUUGCCAGACCAUCAUUAUUGGAUAAAGAGCAAACGCAUAGUGACGCCAGAUGGGAUCAUUUGUGGGGCAGUCGAGGUGAAGGGGAAAUUCAUUACCUCUGUUGUAACGGAGAAUGAUUGGCGAGGGGCUUCCAAAGGAGAGCAAGUAAUUGAUUAUGGAGAGGCUGUUGUCAUGCCUGGCUUGGUUGAUGUGCAUGCACAUCUUGAUGACCCUGGAAGAGCUGAUUGGGAAGGAUUUCCUUCAGGGACUAAAGCAGCAGCUGCUGGUGGAAUAACAACAUUGAUUGAUAUGCCCCUCAAUAGUGAUCCCUCAACUACUUCCACAGAAACCCUGGAAUUGAAGAUUAAGGCUGCAGAGAAGAACAUUUAUGUCGAUGUCGGUUUCUGGGGAGGUUUAGUUCCUGGAAAUGCAUUCAAUUCAAGCACGCUGGAAGCUCUCCUAGAGGCUGGUGUUCUUGGUCUGAAGUCCUUUAUGUGUCCCUCAGGAAUCAACGACUUUCCCAUGACAAAUGCUGAUCAUAUCAAGGAAGGAUUGUCAGUGUUAGCAAAAUAUAGAAGACCAUUGCUCGUUCAUGCAGAACUCCAACUAGACUCUGGAAGCCACUUGGAUCUAAAUACAGAAGAUGCCCGAUCUUAUUCCACCUAUCUGAAGACAAGGCCACCUGCUUGGGAGGAGGCAGCUAUUCGUGAGCUUUUAACUGUGACAAAGGACACAAGGAUUGGUGGCUCUGCUGAAGGAGCUCAUCUUCAUAUUGUUCAUUUGUCUGAUGCAAGUUCAUCCUUGGAUCUGAUAAAGGAAGCAAAAGUUAAUGGUGACAGUUUAAGUGUUGAGACUUGUCCCCAUUACCUAGCCUUCACAGCAGAAGAAAUUCAGGAUGGAGAUACACGCUUUAAAUGUGCUCCCCCCAUCCGUGAUGCACCUAAUAGAGAAAAGUUGUGGGAGGCUUUAAUGGAUGGGCACAUUGACAUGCUGAGUUCUGACCAUUCCCCAACAGUUCCAGAGCUGAAACUGCUUGGUGAAGGCAACUUUUUGAGAGCUUGGGGUGGAAUUUCUGGCUUGCAGUUUGUUCUUCCUGUCACCUGGUCAUAUGGCAAAAAAUAUGGGGUUACUUUGGAACAGCUAGCUUUAUGGUGGAGCGAGAGGCCUGCGAAAAUUGCUGGACUUAAGUUAAAGGGAGCCAUUGCAAGUGGAAACCUUGCAGACAUUGUAGUAUGGGAUCCCAGUGCAGAGUUUGAACUUUCCGAUGAGUACCCUGUAUAUAUUAAACACCCGUCUAUCUCAGCCUACAUGGGAAAAAGAUUAGCUGGGAAAGUUUUUGCUACUUUUGUUGGAGGAAAUCUUGUGUAUAAAGAGGGAAAGCAUGCCCCCACUGCCUGUGGUGUUCAGAUUCUUGCCAAAAGAUGAACAAAUCAACAGGCCUAUCCAUCCAACAACCUUUGCACAUUUUGUGAAGCAUCGAUUACCCAUCUAAGCCAAAGGCAAAGCGAGGAAAUUUCGCUCGGCCAGGAGAUUUGUGGUUUGGAACUGAACGAGAACUUGCGACGAGGAUAGAAGAGAGAUUGCUAUGCAAAUGGAAUGAAGAGAUAAGAUGAUGCCUGCUUUAGCAUCACUAUUUGGCCCCGUUUCUGUAUAGUUCAUGCUUUGAAGUCUGCAAUGUCCAACGCUUUUAUUAUCAAGCUUAUUUUAAGUUAACUCAAAAUAUUUCAUGUCAAUCUGAUACUGACAAUCUCUCUCUCUCUCUCUCUCUCUCUCUCUCUCUCUCUAAAUGGAUGGAAUUAAUUGAACAAA